AUGUCGACCCUACCAUUGUCUAAUACAUUACGUCAGUUACAUGUUAAAAUUGCUGAUUGUGACUAUAGCAAAUAUGUUACUGAACCAAUAACUGAUCUUCUGGUUAAGAUGACUAAUUUACACACAUUGACAUUUGUUGACAUAUUUUUCGCAUUAUCAAGAAUUGAAUGGACAUUUUUCGAAAUGCUAACAUCAUCCAAUACGAUGCCCGUACUCCAACGUGCUAAUAUAUGUCUUAUUAUGAAUGUCAAUGAUUUAAAUUGUAUUGCUCCAUCACCAAUUUUCAACGAUGAUCGUCAUGCCGAUAUUAAUUUCGCUUUUAGUAUUAUCGAUUGUCCUGCAUAUCUCCAAAUGACUCAGUAUAUACCACGCGGUAGCCACUGUCAUCCACGCGAACUAAUUGGUGCGACAUGCGUCAUUAAAUACGAAGAUAAGAGCACACAAUCGACGUAUGAUGCUGAUCCUUAUUGCCAUGGACAGGAAUAUCAUCAACAUAUAUGGUAUACUCUUCCAUGGGCUUUCGAUGAAUUUUUUCAGUAA